GGGAUGGAACCCGGGGUCCCGAGAGGUGGCCGGAAAGUUAAAGGGGGCAGCGCGGCCGUGGGGAGCUCGAGUCCCGGGUGACUGCUGGAGGGAGGAGGUGAGUGCGCAGCUCUUGCGCACUGACGGACGUGACCGCCGGCGGGGGGCGCGAACCCGACCCCGGCGCCCAGCUCGUGCCGUCGCGGCCGCUGUCCCUGUUCCCCCAGUGCGGAUGCUGCCGUGGGCUGGCGCGUCUGCCCUCGGGACUUAUGAGCUGAACCCGGGUUCUGGCCUAUUCAUCUAGCCCCAUGAUGGCCGUGGACAUCGAGUACAGAUACGACUGCAUGGCUCCUUCCUUGCGCCGAGAGAGGUUUGCCUUUAAGAUCUCACCAAAGCCCAGCAAACCACUGAGGCCUUGUAUUCAGCUGAGCAGCAAGAAGGAAGCCAGUGGAAUGGUGGCCCCAGCUGUCCAGGAGAAGAAGGUGAAAAAGCGGGUGUCCUUCGCAGACAACCAAGGGCUGGCCUUGACAAUGGUCAAAGUGUUCUCAGAAUUUGAUGACCCGCUAGAUAUCACAUUCAACAUCACCGAGCUCCUAGACAGCAUUGUGAGCUUGACGACAGCAGAGAGCGAGAGCUUUGUUCUGGAUUUUUCCCAGCCCUCUGCAGAUUACUUAGACUUUAGAAAUCGACUUCAGGCUGACCACGUCUGCCUUGAGAACUGUGUGCUCAAGGACAGGGCCAUUGCAGGCACUGUGAAGGUUCAGAACCUUGCAUUUGAGAAGACCGUGAAGAUAAGGAUGACGUUUGACACCUGGAAGAGCUACACAGACUUUCCUUGUCAGUACGUGAAGGACACUUACGCUGGUUCAGACAGGGACACGUUCUCCUUCGAUAUCAGCUUGCCCGAGAAGAUUCAGUCUUAUGAAAGAAUGGAGUUUGCUGUGUACUACGAGUGCAAUGGACAGACGCACUGGGACAGCAACAGAGGCAAGAACUAUAGGAUCAUCCGGGCUGAGUUAAAAUCUACCCAGGGAACGACCAAGCCCCACAAUGGACCGGAUUUGGGAAUAUCCUUUGACCAAUUUGGAAGCCCUCGGUGUUCCUAUGGUCUGUUUCCAGAGUGGCCAAGUUACUUGGGAUACGAAAAGCUAGGGCCCUACUACUAGUGACUGCGGGUGACAGGGCGUGGCAGAGCUGCCGCAGACAAGCCUAGCUCUGCUCACUGUGCAGUGGAGAUGGAAGGCCAGGGAGGAGCAAAGUGGAACUUCCAUGAGGCCCAGUUUGGGAAAAUAAAAGGAUCCUCUUCACUUCUUUCUUAAACCAGCAAAUCCAGCCAGGUUCAGAUUACACAAUUGGUGUCUCCCUCAAAGAAGCGGUGGUGGCUGGCGCGCUUGGGCACUGUGGCAGCCACGAGAGUCUGUGCAGGUCUGUGGUGGAAAGGGUAUGGAUGGGAACCAAGCCUGUGCCAGUGCUGAUGAAGCUGUAGGAGCUGAUGAAGCUGGAAGGAUCUCUGCUCUCCACUCAGAGGAGAGCAGAAAAAGCCGCUCAGCCCCAGCCACCUCACGUUGGACCCUCACUGUUCGUCGUGUUCAUCUUUGGGUGCUCUCUGCCAGCCAGGCCUUUCCUGCAAGCUGCUGUGCUUCCCCGUCCACGUGCAUCUCUGUGCUGUGACACACUGACCUGACGCACAUUUCCAAUGCAGCUGCAGAAGAGAAAUGGGAUUGGCUCUUGUUUUCUGAAAGUUCAUCUUUUGCAUUUUAUGUUUUUCCACAAUUGAUCUGACGUUCAGGAAAAGAUAAUAAAGGCAAAAUGGUUGGUGACUGAGACAGGCAUUUCCUCCCCACUCUUCUUGACUCCACAGAUCUAUUCCAGCGGAGAGCAACAUGCCAGUCAUCAAAACCCACUGGUUCCUGUGCGGUGGCACAGAUUGCAGGGUUCUGACGAGGCAGGACAGUCAUGAGUGGGGACAUUUUCCGCUUCUCCUCUUGCCUUCUAGGGGGAGCUUUCUAAGUCCCCACAUUUACCCUGAAUCACCGGGAAAAUCUGAUUUUUCCUUGGAAAGCUC